GUAGGUGGCAUUCAUUUCAGUGGGACUUUAUACUACGUAUCGAUGGAUAGGAGUAGAUGAUCAGCACUGCCUGCAACAGCAGUAAUUAGUGUGUGACACUUCGAGCACUGCCUGAGCCGGCCCAGAUCAUCUCGUCUCAACUAAUUUCUGAUGAAACGAGCAGCAGAGAGAACGUGACGAUCCCAUCGUUAAGACCGUACCGGGCGUGGUCAUUCUUUAAUAUAAGACCGAGGGGGGAGACGAUACGAUACAGAGACGUCCACCAGCAUCAUGGCCGUGGCCAGCUCCUCUCCUAUGUUCGGUGCUCUCCUCAUCCUCGUCCUAUCCUCGGCGGCCGGCGUCCACGGCGCGUCCAGUUCCGGCGCCGCGCCCUCUACGCCGCUGGACCAGCUCUGUGGCAGCCUGGGCAGCUUCUACGUCACGCCGGAGCUCUGCGCGUCCGCGCUCUGCCUCGACGCUUCCUCCUCCUGCCGCUCCGCGCGCGGCGCGCCGGAGCUCGCGGCGCUCGCGACCAGGCUGGUGGCGGCCAACGCAACGGCGGCGAAGGCCAGCAUCGAGUCCGCGCUCGCUCUCCACGCGGAGCGCGUCCCGGCGCCGGCCUCGGCAGCGGACGCCGACGCCAGGAAGGGCAUGCGGUCGUGCCUGCAGCUCUACGCCGGCGCCGUCCCGGCGCUGCGGUGGGCGGCGCGGUCGGUCGCCGCGGGGCGGUACAGCGGCGCGCGGGAGGUGCUGGAGGCCGCGCAGUACGUCGCGUCCGGGUGCGCCGGCAUGGCCGGCGAGGCGACGCUGCCCAAGGAGAACGAUCGGUUCAGCUCCAUGGCCAUCGUUGCGCACGCCGUCGUUGCAUCCAUGUCUACCACCUGACCACUCGAUACACCUGGUCACCAAAUUCAUUAGCCUGCUACAAAACUAGUUUUAUGUGAUGGUGUAUUUGUGUUGUGCCAUUGUGGUUGUGGGUAACAAUGGGUGAGUGAGAUGUGACUCUCGAUUGUGCUGUUUAUUCUUGCGCAGUUAUUAUACUGUAUGUAUGAAGCUUGUGUAUACAUUUUUGUUUUA